AUUGAAAAUCAUUGUUUAUUUAGUAAUUUUUCGUUUUUCGACACUAUUGUGUCAACAACUACACAGAGAAGCCCUUAGAACGCAGAGAAAAGAAAAGCAGAACUGAACAUCAGCUGUGAGCAGAGGCAAAGAGUGAAGGGGGCUAUCUUCCGGAAAAAAAAAAAAAAAAAAGAGUGAAGGGGGCUAGAAUUACACAUGGAGGUGACAAUGGAAGAACCAGAAGAAGGUGCAAUAUUACCAUCGCCCAAGAUAGAGAAGUCGGCGUACGAUAAGAUGCAACAGAGCAGGACCUCUGUGGAGGACAUCGUCUCCAAGAUGCUCUCUUUAAAGAAAGAAGCCAAACCCAAAUCGGAACUCGCAGAAGUCGUCACUCGGAUGUUCCUCAAUUUCGUCACUCUUCGCCAGGCAAAUCGUUCCAUCUUGCUUGAAGAAGAUCAUGUAAAGGCAGAAACUGAAAAUGCAAAAGCACCCGUAGAUUUCACAACCUUGCAGCUCCACAACUUGAUGUAUGAGAAAAAUCACUAUGUGAAAGCAAUAAAGGCAUGCAAAGACUUCAAGUCAAAAUAUCCAGAUAUUGAACUUGUGCCUGAGGAAGAAUUCUUUAGAGAUGCACCAGAGGAGAUAAAGAACUGUGUAAUAUCAAAUGAUGGGGCACACAAUUUGAUGCUCAAGAGGCUUAAUUUUGAGCUGUUCCAGCGCAAGGAAUUGUGCAAACUUCGUGAGAAGCUGGAUCUGCAAAAGAAAAGCCUUUUGGAGACCAUUGCUAACAGGAAGAAGUUCUUGUCAAGUCUGCCUUCACACCUCAAAUCUCUUAAGAAAGCAUCAUUGCCGGUGCAGCACCAACUAGGGGUUCUGCAUACAAAGAAACUAAAGCAGCAGCACUCUGCUGAGCUGCUUCCACCUCCUCUCUAUGUGAUUUACUCACAGUUCUUGGCCCAAAAGGAAGCAUUUGGAGAACAUAUUGAUCUGGAGAUUGUGGGAAGUGUGAAGGAUGCUCAAUCCUUUGCCCGCCAGCAAGCAAAUAAGGACACUGGCAUUUCUAGCAAUCUAGAGAGUACCAAGUUGGAGGAUGAUGCACCUGAUGACGAAGAUGAUGGCCAGAGAAGGAGGAAGCGGCCGAAGAAGGUUACAGGAAAGGAGAAUCUUGACCAGGCUAGAAUAUACCAAACUCAUCCACUUAAAAUCAUUCUCCACGUAUCUGAUGACGAGGCUUCUGAGCCUAAGUCUGCAAAACUGAUCACACUGAAGUUUGAAUACUUGUUGAAGUUGAAUGUUGUAUGCGUUGGGAUUGAAGGAUCACAUGAAGGACCUGAGAAUAACAUCCUGUGCAACUUAUUUCCUGAUGACACUGGCCUUGAGCUUCCUCACCAGCCAGCAAAGCUCUGCAUUGGCGAUGCGCUCAUAUUUGAUGAAAAAAGAACUUCACGACCAUAUAAGUGGGCACAGCAUUUGGCAGGAAUCGACUUUCUGCCAGAGGUGUCUCCAUUACUUACAGGCUGCGAAACUACUGACAAUGAAACAGGUAAACAUGCUGGGGUUAUCUCUGGUCUGUCACUAUAUCGCCAGCAGAAUCGGGUACAGACAGUUGUGCAAAGGAUUCGUUCUCGGAAAAAGGCCCAGAAGGCACUUGCGGAACAGCUUGAUUUGCUGAUGGACCUUAAAUGGCCUGCUCUGACUUGUAAAAAGGUUCCAUGGGCCUUACAUAACCCUCUAUGCAGUUUGCAUAAAUGGUCACCUAUAGGGCUCUCACCUAAUCAGGCUUCAUCAUUGCCAGUUGUUGAAAUGGAACAAGUACAGGAACCUUCAGACAUUAAUGUGGAUGUAAUAUCUGGUACUUCAAAGGAAGACGUUGAGAAUGCAAGGGAAGAUGGGGAACUUCCAUCUUUAAUUUCGGUUGCAGCUGUUGGAAACAGUGUUAAACUCAGUUCCUCGAAGGGACCUGAUCUUGACCAUUCAAGACGUCUGGCUUUAAUACCAAAGAGUAUGGCAUCUCCUAAGACUCCUAUCAACAAGGCUAAAUCACUAAGCUUUAGGAAACCUGAAGAGGAUUCAGAUCCCAUGCUGGAUUUUGAAAGUGAUAUGGAAGAGCAAGCACAAAUUGAACCAGGGACGGAAAAUGGAGUUAGAUUUGGGUGCUCAGAGAUGGUUGAAAAGUCAUGGGCCGAUUAUGGCAUUCAGGAAUAUUGUCUUGUUUUAGCCAGGACGGGGGAUAAUAACAGGAGGUCAAAGAAGUUAGAAGCCAAGAUUAAGAUCAGCAUGGAGUACCCUCUCAGGCCUCCUCAUUUUGAAAUAAAUCUUUACACUCAGGCCGGAGAAAAUCAUUCUGACUCUGAUGAUUCCGAGUGGUUCAAUGAACUUCGUGCCAUGGAAGCAGAGGUCAAUAUUCAUAUAUUAAGGAUGAUUCCUCGGGAUGAAGAGAACUUUAUCCUGGGUCACCAAGUGUGUUAUCUUGCAAUGCUGUUUGACUUUUACCUGGAUGGAGUCAACCCGUCUUCUGAAAAGAGAAAGAACACUUCUGUCAUUGACGUUGGUUUGUGCAAACCUGUUAGUGGUAGGAUUAUUGCCAGAUCUUUCAGAGGAAGGGAUCGAAGGAAGAUGAUCUCCUGGAAGGACUUUGGUUGCUCUCCAGGUUAUCCUUAUUAGAGUUAUAUCCACCGCUGCUACCUUCUCUGGCAAGUUAGUAGUCAUUACUGAUCGUUCUCUUGUCAAUGUGACAAUAACAUUAGGUUGCUCCAAACUCGAGAUAACCUCAUUAGACAUUGGGUAAGAACGAUUGUCGAUUUAAAAUUUACAAUUUAUGUAGGUCGUGUUCAUCGAUAUACAUGCUUGAAGUAUCUGCUCCAGAUGCAGUCACAUUUAUCUACAUGCUUUGAAAUGAGUCAGUUUUUUUAAGAAUGGAAAACUGAACCUUAUCUGAGUGAAGUACUGUAAUUGUGUAA